AUGCCUAAAAGGAAACAGCCUGCCCAGUCCGAUAACUCCAGGACAUCACAGUCGACACAGUUCACAGAAUCCACAGGUUUCCAGUUCGCAAACCAAUCACCUUCCUCAAGCAGAAACAGUCAGAGCAGUAGUGGCCUCACUGGACUCAUCGAUACCAUUGUUCAGAAAUUCUCUUCUGGAUCCAGCGACUCCCGCAUCUCCAAGGCGUCUAGCGAUUUAAUAAUGACUGGUCUUGAUGGUCAGGCAAAGAGCCCUGACCUUCUCACACCACCCGAAACCGUAUCCGGAUUUUCACUUAUACCAGAAAGUCAGCCUGAUGUACUUAAAAAGAAACAUCCGGCCCAAAAGCCUGAUAUGGCUAAGAAGCAGCACCCCAGUAUUCAUGGAAAAAGGGACAAGGGCAAGGGGGCCAACAAGCCUGAAUACAUUUCAAUGAAGAAGGUCAUAACAACAACAAAGCAAGCCACGAUGGAAAUUUUGUCCAGAACAGAAUUGGAGGGAACUCGGUUUGGUUAUAUGGGGAACAGAUGGACCUCUCCUGUGCUGGACCCUAAUUCCGUGGAGUAUCCAAACGUGGACACUGUGGUUAGGGUCGUGGCGGGAGACACAUAUGGCCAUGCCCUCGAGAUGCAAAAUACGGGCAGCACCACCGAUCACAUGCCAGUAUGUGUUCUCAACUUUGCCAAUGCCGGCAAACCCGGUGGAGGCUGGCUCAAUGGUGCUCGAGCCCAGGAGGAGCAGCUUUGCUACCGAAGUACACUCAUUGAUACUCUCCAUACCCGAUUUUACCCAAUGGACGAUCUGGAGUGCCUAUAUUCACCCAAUGUGAUCGUUUUCCGAAAGAGCUUGGACAACGCGUAUAGUUUCAUGUUGGGGGACGAACAACUACACCUAAAUCCCACUGUCAGUGUUAUCAGCAUGGCAGCACGGAGCCAGCCUAAAUUGACCGCCGACAAAUCCACGUACAUGGAAAUAGCACAGCGAUAUCUCAUGAUAGCCAAGAUGCAAUUGAUUCUACGCACGGCAGCAAACAACAAUCACCGCCGCUUGGUCCUUGGUGCCAUUGGUUGUGGGGCCUUUCGCCAUCCUACUCAGGAGGUGGCCGACUGCUGGUACGAGGUUCUCAUGAAAAAAGAGUUCAAGGGUUGGUUUGAGCGGAUUUAUUUUGCAGUUAGAGACGCCCCCAAGGAGAAAAAUAUUGAAAUUUUCAAAAAGAAAUUGGAUGGUAUGAACAUUUGA